AUGGCUUCCUCAUCCACAUCACAAUUUGACCAGCGCAAAAAGGACGCGCUCAAGGCCUACAGAGAUAAAUUGAAGCAGCACGAAACGAAUAGCGAAAGCCUGAAGAACCUUCGAUUCUCGUUAAAGGACCUCGAGAAAGCCUAUGCAAAGACAGAGGAAGACAUCAAGGCCGUCCAGUCCGUCGGCCAAAUCAUUGGAGAAGUCAUGAAACAACUCGACGACGACCGCUUUAUUGUUAAAGCAUCUUCAGGACCCCGCUAUGUCGUAUCGUACAGACCAACACUCCCAGUCGACAAACUCAAAGCAGGAACCCGUGUUUCAUUAGACAUGACCACCCUCACCAUUAUGCGGAUAUUGCCCCGAGAAGUCGACCCAUUGGUCUACAAGAUGAGUAUGGAAGACCCUGGAGGAGCUUCUUUCGCCGGUAUUGGUGGUCUCGGUGAACAGGUCCGAGAACUACGAGAGAUCAUCGAACUCCCUCUCCUCAACCCUGAACUCUUCCAAAGAGUAGGCAUCAAACCUCCAAAGGGUGUCCUGCUAUAUGGUCCACCAGGAACAGGAAAGACUCUCCUCGCCCGAGCAGUCGCAGCAACCCUCAACACCAACUUCCUCAAAGUCGUCUCAUCCGCCAUCGUCGACAAGUACAUCGGAGAGUCAGCUCGUGUGGUCAGAGAGAUGUUCGGUUAUGCCCGUGAACAUGAGCCUUGUGUGAUAUUCAUGGACGAAAUCGACGCCAUUGGUGGUCGUCGUUUCUCAGAAGGAACGAGUGCGGAUCGUGAAAUUCAGCGAACGCUAAUGGAGUUGCUAAACCAAAUGGACGGUUUCGAUUCGCUAGGAAGGACGAAGCUCAUCAUGGCCACUAACCGACCCGAUACCCUCGAUCCAGCCCUCCUACGACCCGGACGACUCGACCGAAAGAUCGAGAUUCCGCUUCCCAACGAGCAAGCCCGACUAGAAAUUCUCAAGAUUCACACUGGUCCAGUGAACAAGAACGGCGAAAUCGAUUACGAGGCAGUCGUGAAGCUUUCAGACGGUUUCAACGGUGCCGAUCUUCGAAACGUGGUUACCGAAGCUGGAAUGUUCGCCAUCCGGGACGACAGAGAGUACAUCAUCCAGGAAGACUUAAUCAAGGCGGCGAGAAAGGUUGGCGAGGCGAAGAAACACGAGACGAAGCUGGAGUACUCGACGUAA